AGUCUCUUGUCCCUCGUAAGUUCCCCAACGGUCUCCGCCGUCUCCACCGCCUCCAAAAAGAAAAACCUCUGACCCAUACAUUCUUCUUUUUCUCUGUUCUCUAACAUUUCUCCUUUAUUUUUCCCUCUGUGCAUGGCAGUUAGUCUCUUAGCUCGCGAGGUAUCUGACCUAUGCCUUGGAAAACCUGCACUUAGGUCUCUUUCUGUAUCCGCAACCGUUGCUGAAGCUUUAUCGGGUCUAAAAAGAUCCGACGACCCGUAUUUGAGUGUAUGGAGCUGUGAUCAUAAUAAUAAGAAGAAUUAUAUUAAUAAUAACAAUAAUAGUAAUGAAUGUCGCUGCAUUGGUAAAAUUUGUAUGGUGGAUAUCAUUUCUUUCUUGUGUAAAGAAGAGAAUUUGAAAAAUCUUCCACGCGCUCUUCAAGAACCUCUCUCUUCUGUUCUUGUUUCGAAAGUUUAUGGUCUUGUUAGACCUUUGGAGCCUCACGCAAGCUUGUUGGAGGCUAUAGAUCUCAUUCUUGAAGGUGCACAGAACCUUGUGAUACCAGUUCACAGUCCCUUUACAAGAAAAAAGCUCAUACACAGAACAUCAUCUUACUCUACCCUCCACAACAAUCGCGAGUACUGCUGGCUAACUCAGGAAGACAUAAUUCGCUACCUUCUUAACUGCAUUGGUCUCUUCUCUCCCAUUCCUAACCACACCGUUGAGUCUCUCAACAUCAUUGACACAGAAUCCAUCUUGGCUGUCUGCUAUGAUGAGCCUGCCUCAUCUGCCUUACCAUUAAUCUCUCAAUCCCUUGUCAAGCAAACGUCUGUUGCCAUUCUUGAUAUAGAAGGCAAGUUAAUUGGUGAGAUUUCACCUUACACAUUGAACUCUUGUGAUGAGUUGGUUGCUGCUGCAAUCGCUACACUCUCUGCGGGGGAGUUGAUGGCUUAUGUAGAUUGUGGCGAUCCGCCAGAGGACUUGAUACGAUUGGUCAAGGAAAGAUUAGAAGAAAGGAAUUUAGAAAUCGUGCUGGAAUUGAUGGAAGAAGAAUCAGGAAUCUCAUCAUCAUCCUCAUCCUUUUCAUCAUUUUCAUCAUCAUCGGAUGAGGAGUUUGGAUUGGGCAAGAGUGGAAGCUUUCGUGGGCAUUCAACAAGAGUGGCAAGGAGAACAGAUGCAAUCGUGUGCUUUCCAUGGAGCUCAUUGGUUGCAGUAAUGAUUCAGGCAAUUUCUCAUCGCGCGAGUUAUGUCUGGGUUGUUGAAGAAGAUGGCACUUUGGUUGGAGUUGUUACUUUCACAGGGAUGUUGAAAGUGUUCCGUGAACGUGUGAAGUCAAUGAUGUAGGGAACUCAAAACCACACCAGAAACAUAAAAAAUGCCAGAACUAUGUUGAAAACCAACGAUGCAUCAAAGUAUUCUUCUUCUUCUUUUUCUUUUUUGUUUUGUAUUAAUGUUGUUAGGUUUCAAGUAAUUAUCAUGUGAGUCCACGUUGUGUAUUAUGGAGCUUGUGCGGCUGUUCAUAAUUAUACCUUCUCCUGUGACAAGUUUAGAGAGAUAAGUGCCAGGUUUAAAAAGGCUGUAAUAGAAGGAUUAUGAAUAUACUGAGUUCAGUCUCUAUUGUUGUUAUUUUAAGAUCUCUUUAUUCCCUUGUAAUAGAAGGUACAAACAAGUCUUUGAAGACUUUUAUAAAUAUAAGUUGGGGAAUGAAUUUGGCAA